CUGCGACACGCCGGACAUCGAGGGUCAUGUGGAGCAAGUCAUAUGGAUCAGAAAAAACUUCACAGUCACGAAGUGUCUGCCUCAAAACACUGACGUGCGGAAGACACUACUCAAGGUGAACCCGAGGAAAGCUGCAGGACCCAACAACAUACCUGGGCGUGUCCUAAGGGAAUGAGCUGACCAACUGACAGACGUCCUCAAGGACAUCUACAACAUCUCCCUGAGCCAAGCCAUUAUAUCAUGAUGAAGUACUUUGAAAGGUUGGUCAAGGACCAUAUCAUCCAGUCUCCCCACUUAAACGAUUCCAGUUUAGGCCUACAUAUCUUUCUAACCGUUCUACUGAUGAUGACUCAUCUGGAAAACAAAAGCAGUUACGUGCCUGAGUAAACUUCAAUAGGCAUCAGCACGCCACUAUGCAACUGGUUGCUGGACUUCCUUACCGACAGACCACAGACAGUAAGAGUUGGCAAAAACUCCUCAGAGACCACCAUCAUGAACACUGGGGUCCCCCAGGGCUGUGUGCUGAGCCCUCUGCUGUUCACGCUGUUGACCCAUGACUGUUGUGCCAGACACAACUCGAACCACAUCAUCAAGUUCGCAGAUGACACAACAGUGGUGCGGCAAUACAGCGAUGGUGCCUGCAGCGAUGAUGCCUACAGAGAGGAGGGGUAAAACUAAAAUGUCUAAUUGGAUUUAAAUGGGAAUUGCCUCAAACUGGAAGAUAUGGACGCUUGUCUUUUAGACAAAUGGACACAGCAAAACAACUUCUUCGUGAAAGAAUGGAAGCUGUCAGACAGACGAAUCGGCGGGAAUCAGCAGCAGGGCACUAAGGAAAAGUGUCAUAUGGGAACUGUCAAACUACUCCAGAUGAUACAAGGUGUUCCUGCUGACAUAGAGCUGAUUCAACUUGAGUUGACUGUUGCUUACAACACUCUUGUGUUCUCUUUCAAUUUGUCCACGUUGAGUGAUGUGCAAGAUAAUCUCACAAAUACUCUUCUCAGAGCUCAUGAAGCUGUUGGCUGUCAGACAUUUACCAGGGACCCUGUCAUGUUAUGGCAUGCCACAUUGAAAUCCUUCAGCGACACGGCUCAUCUGUCCUGCCUUCACAACUUGUUGUGUGUGCAGUGGGCUCUGUUGUUGGCCUCCUGUCAAAUGAAGAGCAUUCACCAAAUGCUGAGGGAUGUUACUCAGGAAGAAGUUACAGUUCCAUCACAGGAUCUUCGUGCAGUAAUACAAAAGCUCAGGCUGUCAGACAAGGAGAACUCCAACAUUCUAGUUGCUAUAACAGCCAGAGAAUUCAAAGACCUCCUGCAAAUCUGCACUGUCCUUGUUGAGGGUUUGGAAAGCCUGAAGCAAGAAAACUACUCUGCAGCUCUUGUGGCUUUUCUCGAAGCCAUGUCCUUGCCUGCCCCCAGGGCUCUCCUGGCCCAGGUCCAUACACUUACUGGAUUUGCCUUUGCCAAGCUGAACCAGCCUCAGAGCGCUCUACAGUCUUACAGAAAGGCUCUGGAGGUGGAUUUUGGCUGCCAUAGUGCACUUUACCAGAGUGCACUGGUGUAUAGGCAGUUAAAGAACACCCAGGCUGAAAUUGAGGCCCUGCGCUUGCUCCACUUGGCCCUGGUUCAGCAUGCAGAGGAACCAAUGGACAAUAAUGAGGUGAUGGUGAUCUCUCCAGAUGUGCUACUUAGCAGCACAUGUAUGGAUUCCGUUUUGGCAGUGCCCGCUACUCAGCUGAUCUUGCACUGUCUGGCAUACACAUGUGUUCUGCAUGACAGAAUCUCAGAGGCAGUUGAACUUUAUCUGGAUCUGAUGUCAUCACUGCAGUCAGAUAUCACACAGCCUGCAAGACAUAAUGUAAACAAAAUGCACAGUAUAAAAAACGAAAUGCUUUGUGCUGAAGAAUUGACCUAUCGAAUGUUACUUGGAAUACAUACAUACAUAUACCGAGUCGCUGUUGUAUACCUUGAGGCUGCAUUUACCUUGCUGAGAGCCAAAAGGAUGUGGGAUGCCAUUACAGUCUGUGAAGAUGUCAUCACUAAGACCAUGAAUCUGAUUCCGGAAAAAUUACUAUUCGAUCUAUCAGAGGAGCAUUUGCUUUUCUCCAUGGAGGGACGCUCAAAAUCCGUGAAGCAUGAGAGACUAGAGAAUGUGUUAUGGGCUGCAGCUGCCCACUACCUUCAGGGCCUGGCCUACUGUAAGAUGAAAGACACCAAAGAAUCAGUGUCCAGUUUCACAAGAUCCCUAAACUGGCUGGCCAAAGUGUCCCUUAAAAGUACAGUGGUUGGAAACCACGGAGACUGGGAGGUUAAGAUGAAGACUUUGCAGAGACUACGGGGCCUGGCUCUUGCUGGCAGAGGGGUCAGCUUUAUGGAGAGGGGCCAGUUAAAGGAAGCAUUACGGGACCUGAAGCUUAGCCUUCAGUCCAUAACAGAUUUACGGAUGAUAAAGUUUGGACUGGUGGAGGUGUACCGGAGGCUUGGACGUCAGGAAGAAGCCAUAGCGUGUUGGAGAGAGCCACACAUAUCAGCUGAGGCAUUUUCCUCUGGAAACCUGCCUCUUUAUCUUCAAACAUUCCCUGAUAUCAGUUUAUGUUUUGACAUCAGUGACCUGAAUAAGAUGAUGGAAGAUGCUUUUCACAGGAGAAGAGUUUAAAAAAAAAAAAACAUUUCAGUAAAAAAGACCUCAGUAAUUUGUCUAAUGAAUGCAUUUCCUUUAUUUUUUAUUCUUAGCAUACUUGUAUUUAUAGCCUACUUAAUAAAUAAAAGUGAACUUUUAUGUAA